AUGUUUGCCCGGUCCUGCUUGCGCUCGACGCGCGCCUUCUCCGGGGCACGAAAUGGCGCCAUGAGCUUUGCGAAGCGCGCCGCGUCCACGACCAGCAACGCAAACGCCGCCGAGGGAAGACGACUCAACAUCGCCGCCGCAGCCUCGACUGCUGCCGCCCUCGGCUCCGUCGCUUGGUACUACCAUCUCUACGGCUCCGAUGCCUUCGCCGCGACACAGGCAGAAGAGGGUCUCCACCCUACCGCGUACCCCUGGGUGCACGAACAGUGGUUCAAGACCUUCGACCACCAGGCGCUCCGACGAGGCUUCCAAGUCUACCAAGAGGUCUGCGCGUCUUGCCACUCCCUUAGCAGAAUUCCCUACCGAUCUCUAGUCGGCUCCGUCCUCACCGUCGACGAGGCCAAGGCCAUGGCCGAGGAGAACGAGUACGACAGUGAGCCCAACGACGAGGGCGAGAUCGAGAAGCGGCCCGGCAAGCUUUCCGACUACCUCCCUGCACCCUACAAGAACGACGAGGCUGCCCGGGCUGCCAACAACGGCGCUCUGCCCCCAGAUCUGUCCCUGAUCGUCAAGGCCCGACACGGCGGCUGCAACUACAUCUUCUCCCUGCUGACCGGCUACCCCGAGGAGCCCCCGGCGGGCGCCGUCGUCGGUGCCGGCCUCAACUUCAACCCCUACUUCCCUGGAACCGGUAUCGCCAUGGCUCGUGUCCUGUACAACGACCUGGUGGAAUACGAGGACGAGACCCCUGCGACGACGUCACAGAUGGCCAAGGACGUGGUUGAGUUCCUGAACUGGGCCGCCGAGCCCGAGAUGGACCAGCGGAAGAAGAUGGGUAUGCAGGUGCUGAUUGUGUCGACGGCUCUGUUUGCCAUCAGCGUGUGGGUCAAGAGGUACAAGUGGGCCAACCUCAAGUCCCGCAAGGUCACCUACGACCCACCAGCAGAGUCCAAGGUGCGCCAUUAA